CGGAGGCCCUGGGGAGAAAGAGUGGUAGCCUGGCCUGUGGCCUGCAAGGGGGAGGAGGCACUACUAAUUCCUGAGGCUGUCAGCCAACUGCAAGAUGGGGGCGUGCAAGCCCCUGGUUUGUAAACAAGGAACAGGAGUUGCGGCAGAAGUGUCUUCGAGAUCUAGGAGUGCUAGACUUGGAAAUUGAUCCAGCUUGGGAAUGACCCUGAAUAGAAGUCUCGAGUGCAUGGUGUGGAAGUAGUGGGAGUGAGGACCAGAAGGACAGAAUCGGAUUAGGGAGUCUGCUGUAGAAUUCGGGUUUUGAAACCCGGAGGAUUAGUGUGGAAUUCCAGAGUCCAUUCUGGGUUCUGAAAUGGAGUGUGAGAAACAGUUGUGAAAAUGUCUACAGAAGGAGGGUUUGGUGGUACCAGCAGCAGUGAUGCCCAGCAAAGCCUCCAGUCCUUCUGGCCCAGAGUCAUGGAGGAAAUCCGAAACUUAACAGUGAAAGAUUUCCGAGUACAGGAACUCCCACUGGCUCGUAUUAAGAAGAUUAUGAAACUGGAUGAAGAUGUGAAGAUGAUCAGUGCAGAAGCCCCUGUGCUGUUUGCUAAGGCAGCCCAGAUUUUUAUCACUGAGCUGACUCUUCGAGCCUGGAUCCAUACAGAGGAUAACAAGCGCCGUACUCUUCAGAGGAAUGAUAUUGCUAUGGCAAUUACAAAAUUUGAUCAGUUUGACUUUCUCAUCGAUAUUGUUCCAAGAGAUGAACUGAAACCUCCAAAGCGCCAGGAGGAGGUGCGCCAGUCUGUGACUCCUGCGGAGCCUGUCCAGUACUACUUCACGCUGGCUCAGCAGCCCACUGCUGUCCAGGUCCAGGGACAGCAGCAAGGCCAGCAGACCACCAGUUCUACGACCACCAUCCAGCCUAGCCAGAUCAUCAUUGCGCAGCCUCAGCAGGGUCAGACCACACCCGUGACCAUGCAGGUUGGAGAAGGCCAGCAGGUGCAGAUUGUGCAGGCCCAACCUCAGGGUCAGGCCCAGCAGGCCCAGAGUGGCCCUGGGCAGACCAUGCAGGUGAUGCAGCAGAUCAUUACCAACACGGGAGAGAUCCAGCAGAUCCCGGUGCAGCUGAAUGCUGGCCAGCUACAAUAUAUCCGUUUAGCCCAGCCUGUAUCAGGCACCCAAGUUGUGCAGGGACAGAUCCAGACACUUGCUACCAACGCCCAACAGAUCACACAGACAGAGGUCCAGCAAGGACAGCAGCAGUUCAGCCAGUUCACAGAUGGACAGCAGCUGUACCAGAUCCAGCAAGUCACCAUGCCUGCAGGCCAAGACCUCACCCAGCCCAUGUUUAUUCAGUCAGCCAACCAGCCCUCUGAUGGGCAGACCCCUCAGGUGACUGGAGACUGAGGGCCUGAGUUGGCAAAGCCAAGGACACCCAACACAUUAUUUGCCAUAGAGCCCCAGGCGAUGGGGACAUACCCUCCCUCACCAGAGGACCCGGGACUUCAUUGCCUCCUGCAGGCUAAGAUACUGGUGCACUACUUUCCACGCCUGGGGACUGAGAUUCUACAACAGAAAGAUGCAAUAUUUUUUAUUUUCUUUUUUCCAUUUUUGUCUCCAAGGAAUCAAUAUUUCAAUAUAUUGAGCUAUGUGUCCAAUGCUAUGAAACAAGAAUAUUAAAUAACAUAUUUAUGGCAUUUUCUUGAAACGUGUGGUUGAAGAAAUAAUUCUCUUGUGUGUUUCCUGGCUUGGGCACUCACCACCACUGCUAAGGGGCAGCCUGUGUCCGCCCUUCCUAAGGGUGUACAGGAUUUCCAUUCUGCCAGUUCUGCCCUCAGAAAAAAAGGGGUCAGACCCUUUCCACCAGCAUUCUUCUCUGCCCCUUCCCCAGAGCCCUCCGCAUCCAGAAGAUGUAGAAACACUUCUCGCCUGUGGGCCAUGAACUCAUUCUCCACAGAGAGCUGGUUUCCUUCCCAUCCCUCCUUUCCAAGACCCAGGAGAACCAGGACUUUGUGCACUGUUCUGCCCACUGUUUUAUUUUUUAAAUACAUUAAAGAUUGUGCUCAUCUCCGUUGCUGCAUGGACUUCAAACUGCAUGAAAUGCAAUAAACCUCGUCUUUGGUACUUGAGAA